AUGUCAAUUAAUUCGUCGGAUGAUACUCUAAUUACCAAUGUGAAUGCAAUAACGAAUAGGUUUAAUCGAUAUUUCUCCAUUGUGCUUAUACUUUUGGGUAUUAUUGGUAAUUUUCUUAAUUGCUUAGCGUCAGCACAACGAAAACUUCGUAAAAGUCCAUGCGCCUUAUUCUUUUUUCAUUCAUCAAUCGCAAAUCUUGUUACAAUUACAUCCGGUGCGUUCGUUCGUCUACUUGGUACUUGGUCGUUAAACAUCAGCAAUACAGUUGAUCUGUUUUGUAAGUUACGUCUUUUUAUUUUAUACACUUCGAGAACGACUGCUUCGUGGUUAAUUACAUUGGGUGUUGUUGAUCGAUGGCUCUCCUCAUCCAAAAACGCUCAACGCCGACAGAUGAGCACGAUGGAAAAUGCCAAACGUGCGAUGUACAUCGUACUAUGCCUAAUAAGUUCUCUUCACGUGCAUAUUUUAUAUUGUUAUCGAGCGAAUUUGAGUGACAGUCCAGUGGAAUGCUAUAGCACAGUGACAUGGUGUCGUUUAUUGACCGACAUGGAAUUCGCUCUUCUGAAUGUGGUAUUUCCUUCGUUACUGGCCUUGAUAUUCGGAUUGUUGACCAUUCGGAACAUACAUACAUUUCGAACAGUCCCGGUAACGGACCCGAUAACAAAUCAGGAGAAUGACAGACGUCGACACCGACGACGAUUGAAAAAAGGUGACUUUCAUCUACUUCUCAUGCUAUUGGUGCAAGUUACUCUCACAACUGUAUUUAAUUUCCCUCUAGCAGUGCAAUAUCUUUAUUCGGAUAUACAUCCAUAUCACAACCGCACACCAUUGAGUCUUGCAGUCAACGACUUAAUUUUUACUCUAUUGUUCCUUCUGAGUUAUUUGAGUAAUAGUAUGCCAUUUUAUAUCUAUACGUUGAUUGGCGGAAGCAUCUUUCGCAAAGCAUUGGUGAGCGCUAUGAAAAACCUUGUACGAAAAAUAAUUUGUCAAUGA